AACCACACCAGGAAGAAGGGAUGGCUAAGCUCAUAGCAACAAUGAACACCACCAGAGGAGCCUAUGGGAGCCCAGAAUCCUGGAACCCAGAGCAUACUGAGAAUGCCUCCUUGCCCAACUUUACACUGCCUUUCACGUUUCGCCAACGGGCCACUGACCAAGCACUGACUGGAAUCCUCAUUGCUGUCCUCAGCAUUGUCAUGGUGUCACUGGGGUGCACCAUGCAGCUCUCCAAGAUCAAGACUCACUUCUGGAAACCUAAAGGGGUGGCCAUUGCUGUGGUGGCUCAGUAUGGCAUAAUGCCUCUGACAGCAUUUGCCCUGGGCAAGCUCUUCCAUUUGGGACCUAUUGAGUCUCUGGCUGUGCUCAUCUGUGGCUGCUGUCCAGGUGGAAACCUCUCAAACAUUUUUAGUCUGGCAUCAAAAGGAGAUAUGAACCUGAGCAUUGUGAUGACCACAUGCUCAACACUCCUGGCACUUGGGCUGAUGCCUCUUCUACUGUAUCUUUACUCAAGAGGGCUGUACCAGGGCAACCUAGAGGGCAAAGUACCUUACAAGGGAAUAGUCAUCUCCUUGGCCAUAAUGCUCAUUCCCUGCACAAUUGGGAUCUUCCUGAAUGAGAAGAAGCCACAGUAUGCUCGCCUCAUCAUCAAGGCAGGGAUGAUUGUGUUGCUUGUAUCAUCUGUUCCAAUAAUCGCUCUGUUUGUGACAAGUGUUGGAAACAGUAUUUUGAUCAUCUUCUCGCCACCCCUGCUGGGAACAUCUGCCUUGAUGCCUUUUAUUGGUUUCCUGCUUGGCUACAUGCUAUCUUCAUUUUUCAAUCUCAAUGACAGGUGCAGGCGGACAGUCUGCAUGGAGACUGGUUGCCAGAAUGUGCAGCUCUGCUCUACCAUCCUCAAAGUGGCCUUUGCCCCUGAUGUCAUUGGACCCCUUUUCUUCUUCCCUUUCCUAUACAUGGUAUUCCAGCUUGGAGAGGGCUUUCUCCUGAUACUGGCCUUCAGGGUUCACGAAAAGCUAAAGAAACCAAACGGCAAGUGUAGUAUAACUAAAACCUCUCUCCGGUUCCUACAGGCUUUUCAUCUCAAAGUAGUGUAUAAACCACACACUGGUAUCACUGCCCCGAUCACGGAACUGCUGCUCUCUCUGGGGUGGAACUCAGUUGCUGUAUAA